AUGGCGGCGGUCGAAGAAGGAAGAUGGGCCACCAAUAAUGCCUUAAACACAGUACAGGAGCAGCAGCAAAAAAGGGAUGCGAGCUGGGGGGCGCGCGGCGAGCGCGUGUGCGGGGCGGCCGAGGGCGAGCGCGCCGAGUCCGGCGCAGCAGAGAAGUGCGGCGGCGAGCGUGUCGGCGUUGGGGGUGGGGCCGGAGGAGAGCAUGCGGGAGAAGAGGAGGAGGACGUGGGCGCGGCGGGCGUCGGAGUACCUGGCGAGGCGGGAGAGGAGGGCGUUGAAGGAGACGGUGGUGCGACGGGGCAUUUCGUCGAACAGUUGGAGGGCGUGGAGGAGGAGGCUGGGGGAGGAAGAGGCGGCGGCGUGCACCGUUAA